UUUUCUAUUCACACUGGUUACAGACCUGCUAUCCGUCUAGAGUUCAAUCGGCUGUAUUCGGUUAAUUUCGGGUCACAUCGAGUGAUUAAUCGUUUUUAAGCGUGAUUAGUCGCUUUUGUGAAUCAGUGGUGAAUCAAGUGAUGGAUUUACAUGCUGUGUGCUGCAUUCUGCUUCUGCUGACAUGUACAGCUGUAUCCUUUGGCCAAAGUCUGUCAUUACCAGAGAAGAUAGAGAAACAAGUUAAGGAGAAUCUAAUAAUUAUCCCAUUCAGUAUUCCUGCUCCUACAUAUCUUUUAAUAAAAUGGCAAUUUAAUGGGAGCAACAUCCUUUAUACGACUGCUUCUGGAAUUGAAAUACAGCCACCGUACACAGACAGAACCAGUCUGGACACCACCACUUUAGCUCUGACACUCAGGAGCCUGACUGAGAGUGAUUCUGGCCUGUAUGCUCUGACUGUAGAAACUCCUUCAGGAAGUUUCACAGGUGUAACCACAGUGCAGGUGUUCGCCCCAAUGCCAGUUGCCAAUGUUACCAUAUUACCAAGUCAAACAAAACUGGUCGAAUUCAACAGCACUGUGAGUCUCAGGUGCUCUGCGUCUGGCUCCUUUCUUACAUUUGUGUGGCUGAACAGAAGCUCUGAGGUAACAGCAGGGGAUUGAGUUCAGUUAACAGACAGCAACAGCAGUCUGACCAUCACCCAUGUGACCAGAGGUGACAGAGGUCCAUACCAAUGUAAAGUGUCCAACACUGUCAGCCAAGCGACAAGUCCUUCAAUGAACCUCACUAUUCAUUAUGGUUCAGAAAAUGUUGCUGUGAAAUCAGAUCCAUUUGAACCCAUCUACAGCACUGGAUCUAACAUCAUACUGACCUGCUCAGCUGAGUCCAGCCCUGCUGCUGAGUUUCAGUGGGCUGUGAAUGGAUCAGCACUUGGUCAAAUGGGACACAAGCUCACAAUGAACAACAUUCAGAGCAGUCAGAGUGGCAAUUAUACCUGCAUUGCCCAUAACACAAAGACCCUGAGAUAUUCCACUUCUCAACCCAUCAGCAUCACUGUACUAGAGACAGUUGGAGGUGGAGAGUCACUGUCUGCAGGAGCUGUAUCUGGCAUUGUUAUUGGGGUUUUAUUAGGUGUUGCUGUAAUUUCUGGUUUGAUUUUCUACUUCACAAAAGCAAAAAAAAUGCUAAGAAAAAUCUCUAAAGAAAAUACACAGAAUACCGAUGGUCCAGGAAAUGUUGCUGACAAAGCAAAUCCAGUGGGACCCAUUUACAGAGCUGGGUCUAACAUCAUACUGACCUGCUCAGCUGAGUCCAGCCCUACUGCUGAGUUUCAGUGGGCUGUGAAUGGAGCAGCACUUGGUCAAAUAGGACAUGAGCUCAAAAUGAACAACAUUCAGAGCAGUCAGAGUGGCAAUUAUACCUGCAUCGCCCAUAACACAAAGACCCUGAGAUAUUCCACUUCUCAACCUAUCAGCAUCACUGUACUGGGAGUAUCCUUUGGCCAGCAGCUGUUAUUACCUGAGAGGAUGGAUAUAAAAGUUGGGGAGAACCUGGUGAUUACCCCAAUCAGCAUUCCUGAUUCCUCACGUCUUUCUGCCAAAUGGUACUAUAACGGAACUCUAUUUCUUACUGAAACUCCCUCAGAAAUUAUAAUACAGCCACCGUACACUGACAGAGCCAGUCUGAACACCAACACUUUAGCUCUGACUCUCAAAAGACUGACUGAGAGUGAUUCUGGACAAUAUACUCUGGAAGUAGUCGCUGUUACAGAAACUAUUACAAGCGUGACAUCGGUGCAGGUGUUUGUGCCAACAUCCAAUGUUACCAUAUUACCAAGUCAAACAGAACUGGUUGAAUUCAACAGCACUGUGAGUCUCAGGUGCUCUGCGUCUGGCUCCUUUCCUACAUUUGUGUGGCUGAACAGAAGCUCUGAGGUAACAGCAGAUGAUCGAGUUCAGUUAACAGACAGCAACAGCAGUCUGACCAUCACCAAUGUGACCAGAGGUGACAGAGGUCCAUACCAAUGUACAGUGUCCAACUCUGUCAGCCAAGCAACAAGUCCUUCAAUGAGCCUCUCUAUUUACUAUGGUCCAGAAAAUGUUGCUGUCAAAGCAGAUCCAGUGGGACUCAUUUACAGAGCUGGGUCUAACAUCAUACUGACCUGCUCAGCUGAGUCCAACCCUGCUGCUGAGUUUCAGUGGGCUGUGAAUGGAGCAGCACUUAGUCAAAUAGGACACAAGCUCACAAUGAACAACAUUCAGAGCAGUCAGAGUGGCAAUUAUACCUGCAUCGCCCAUAACACAAAGACCCUGAGAUAUUCCACUUCUCAACCUAUCAGCAUCACUGUACUGGCAGCUGGAGGUGCAGAGUCACUGUCUGCAGGAGCUAUAACUGGGAUUGUUAUCGGGGUUUUAUUAGGUGUUGCUGGAAUUUCUGGUUUGAUUUUCUACUUCACAAAAGCAAAGAAAUUGCCAAGAACAAUCUCUAAAGGAAAUACACAGAAUACAGCUACAGUUAGUGAAUAUGAACAGGAUGAGUACUAUGUCAAUUUUCCAAAUAAUCAGAGUGGAGUUCAUACAGGAGGAUCUCAGCCUGAUGGGGAAAGACAAUAUGAAACUGCCUUGUAUGAGCAGACAUCUGUCCAUGGUUAGGACUCGCUCAGCCCUUUGUGGAUGAUAAGGAAUUAAAGUCUUCCAGAGGAGAGACGUCCCCUUCUCUGAAAUUAGGAAGAGGAAGUAUUCUGUGAAUCAUUGAUAAAACGUGGGUUAAAGUACAUAGUUUAGGCCAUGUUAUAGAAAUGAGUAUGCAGUUCCACAUUUCUAAUUUACAUUUCCUGAUUACGCAUCACUUCACCUUUAAUUGUUUAUACAGAACGAUUUCAUAAACAUAAUAUUUUUCUUCUCCUCACAGCUGUCAAAGGCUAUGCAUCUGAUGCAUAACAAUAAUAUUUAAACUUUAAUGUUUGUAUUCCUUGUAUUUCUUAUCAGAUACAGAUAUAUAAAACAUUUAUACAUUUAAUCACAUUUAUAAUAAUCACAUUUAAGUUUAAAUUCUAUACUGUUAAUAUUGUUGUUUAUAUGAAAUGCCUUCACACACCCUGAGAUGUAACAUUCAUUUAUAUUUUAUAAAAGGUUAUGGAUCUGCUUUAA